GGACUACUGUGCCGGGACAUGGCCGCCACCAGUACCGGGUCCUUGAGCUGAGCGCCUGCUGCCAGCAGCCAGCCUCUGCCGCCAGCCGUCUGUACGGGCUGGGUCCCGAGGCGCCGCCGGGACGGCAAGGAGCGGCGGCUACUGCGGGGGAAGAGGAGGCUGCAGCAGGAGGCCGGAGCGGCUGCCGCGUCCGGACACAUGGCGUCCAUCUUACUUAGGAGCUGCCGCGGCCGGGGGCCUGCCCGCCUCCCGCCACCUCGCGCCGCGGCCUCGCGGGGUGGUCUGGAGGAUCCUGCUUGUCUCAGUUGUGCCAACACAGGGCUGCGAAGCCUGGUGGGGUUGAGAAGCCUUGUGAAUGUUCCGAUGGGCUGCUAUACUCCGGGCCACCUUGCGUACCUUUCUCUUAGAGGUGUUCAUCGUGGCUGUUGGACUCUGAGGCUUGAGUGUCCACGCACAGUGGCAAGAGCACCAUGGACUCCUGCCAUGGGGGGGUUGGUUGUCGCAGGGCCCCAGUGCCUUCCGUUGCGUGGCUGGCACUCAUCGACUCCCCUCAGUGACGAUUCUAUGGUGGAGAAGUCCCUCAGAUCAUUGAAGGACAAGAACAAGAAACUGGAGGAGGGGGGGCCAGUGUAUAGCCCCCCUGCGGAGGUGGUGGUGAAGAAAUCCCUCGGGCAGAGGGUACUAGAUGAACUGAAGCACUACUACCACGGCUUCCGCCUGCUCUGGAUCGACACCAAGAUCGCUGCGCGCAUGCUCUGGCGUAUCCUCAAUGGCCACAGCCUGACCCGCCGGGAGCGCAGGCAGUUUCUCCGGAUCUGUGCCGACCUCUUCCGCCUGGUGCCCUUCCUUGUGUUUGUGGUGGUGCCCUUCAUGGAGUUCCUGCUACCAGUGGCCGUGAAACUAUUCCCCAACAUGUUGCCAUCCACAUUUGAGACCCAGUCCAUCAAGGAGGAGAGGCUAAAGAAGGAGCUUCGGGUCAAGCUAGAGCUGGCCAAGUUCCUCCAGGACACCAUUGAAGAGAUGGCCUUGAAGAACAAGGCAGCCAAGGGCAGUGCCACCAAAGACUUCUCCGUGUUUUUCCAGAAGAUCCGGGAGACUGGGGAAAGACCUAGCAAUGAGGAAAUCAUGCGUUUUUCUAAGUUGUUUGAAGAUGAGCUGACCCUGGAUAACCUGACGCGGCCGCAGCUGGUGGCACUGUGCAAACUCCUGGAGCUGCAGUCCAUCGGCACCAACAACUUCCUGCGCUUCCAGCUCACCAUGCGGCUGCGGUCCAUAAAGGCCGAUGACAAGCUGAUUGCUGAGGAAGGAGUGGACAGCCUCAAUGUCAAGGAAUUGCAAGCAGCAUGUCGGGCACGGGGCAUGCGGGCCCUUGGCGUCACAGAAGACCGUCUGAGGGACCAGCUGAAGCAGUGGCUGGACCUGCACUUGCACCAGGAGAUCCCCACGUCGCUGCUCAUACUGUCCCGAGCCAUGUACCUCCCGGACACCCUCUCACCUGCCGACCAGCUCAAAUCCACGCUGCAGACCCUUCCAGAGAUAGUGGCAAAGGAAGCCCAGGUAAAAGCCGCUGAGCUGGAGGGUGAGCAGGUGGACAACAAGGCAAAGCUGGAGGCCACCCUGCAGGAGGAGGCGGCUAUCCAGCAGGAGCAUCGGGAGAAGGAGCUGCAGAAGCUCUCACAGGCAGUGAAGGACGUUGAGCUGGAAGCUGCCCCUGGGAGGCCAGUGGCUGGGCCACAGCCAGUGGCUGAGCCACAGCCAGAAGUGCCUGAUGUGACCCUGCAGUCAGAGACCCUGGAGGACACUGCCCCAGUGCUAGAGGGCUUGAAGGAAGAGGAGAUAACGAAAGAAGAGAUCGACAUCCUCAGCGACGCAUGCUCGAAGCUGAAGGACCAGAAGAAGUCGCUCACCAAGGAGAAAGAGGAGCUCGAGCUGCUGAAAGGGGAUGUCCAGGACUAUAGCGAGGACUUACAAGAGAUCAAAAAGGAACUUUCCAAGACUGGUGAAGAGAAAUAUGUAGAAGAAUCUAAAGCCAGCAAGAGGCUGACAAAGAGGGUGCAGCAGAUGAUCGGGCAGAUUGACGGCCUCAUUACACAGCUAGAGGCGGGUCAGCGGGCUGGCCGGCUGGGCCCCACUGAGGGGACGACCACGGGGGAGAACGUCAUUAGCGUCACUGAGCUCAUCAGUGCCAUGAAGCAGAUCAAGCACAUUCCGGAAAACAAACUGCUCAGCCUGGCCUCAGCACUAGAUGAAAACAAGGAUGGCAAGAUCAACAUCGACGACCUCGUCAAGGUGAUUGAGCUGGUGGACAAAGAAGAUGUUCAUGUCUCUACUAGCCAGGUGGCUGAGAUUGUGGCAACGCUGGAGAAGGAAGAGAAGGUGGAAGAGAAGGAGAAGGCCAAGGAGAAGGCAGAGAAGGAGGCCGCAGAGGUGAAGAACUAGGCUGCUGGUCCUAGCACCUGCCUUCUGCACCAGCUGCCAUGGAGAUGGCCGUGGUAGUGACUGCUUGGAAGUGAUUCUUAGUGGCAAAUCUAAUAUUUUGUCUGGAUAAAUCAGAAACUUCCAUAAUCAAGUAAUUUUUAAUAUUCAUCAUUCCAUGAAGAUUCAAUCAAUCUGGAAUCCCAGAGCCCGUCCAGGGAGUCAUGUCUGGAUUCAUACCAGGACAUGGAUGUGGCCCCACCAGCCCCCUGCGUGUGGCCAUACUGUCUCAGUGUCGCUGCUGUUCUUGCCCCAGGAGGGUGAGGACCCUGUGGACACUGACAUUGGAGCACAGCCUCCUCAGCACUGAAGACAAUGCUCUGGCCAGUCGGUGGACUCCACCUCCUUCAGGAUCAGUGUAAAUGUGGAUCUCUUCGUGCACAUUUUCAGAGUCAGGUCUGUGUAGCUAUUGGGACAGAAGCGUCUUCUCUCAGUGGCCUCUGGGAAGUGACAUCUGACAAUAAUGCCCACGAUUCUUGUGCCGAUUCCCCAUUAUGUAUUGACUGGAGUUCGCUCUUGAUUUGCCUUUUAUUUUUACCUAAUUCUUUAAUCAGCUGAGCAGUACGGAGUUUGCACAUAGGGCCAUCUGCCUGACUCGUGAGGAAUAUCUGACCUAAAUUAUGUUGUGAGAGAUACUAAUGAAGCCUUUGGCAAUGAUGUGUCUCCUUCUGGGUGGUCCUUGUGCUGCUGUCAUGUGGGCUGCUGACGUUCACUGCAGGGGCUAGAGCAGGUGCUCUGUGAUCUGGAGGUAGCCCUAGCCCGGGGAGGGUCUCCAUGGUCAGAAGGGCCCUGGCACAUCCCCAACAUAGAAGGAGCACAGCCUGAAACACCCAUGGGGCUCUUGGUGCCAUGACUAUGUGCACCUGUGAGUCGAUGGCACCUGUCCCCUUAGCUGUUGUAGGCCCUCAGGCAAGUGGCUGUACUCCGGAAGCCAGGGAGCGGGAACAUGGGGUACAGAGGCCAUGUCAAAGGUCUCUCAGGGCAGCAAUACCGUCAGUGCUUAGGGCUUGCCCAGUGUCCCCUAGGUGGAACCAGGCAGCCUCCGUGGGCCGGGUGGCUGAGGCAUCCUGUGGCUACCACCACUUCCUGUCCUGUUGUGUGGUCACACUCAACAUCCUUUCAAGGCCUGGCUGGCUGCUGGUGAGAACAUCCUUUCAGGGGCUCAGACAUGGGAAUUUGGGAGAACAGGGAUAGCACAUAGAGUGGCCAGUUAGCCAAGAGGGCAGCAGCUCGCAGAGGGGGACAUUUCUGUUACUUGAAACUUUUUAUUGUUCAGCCAUUAAAGAAGAAACUUGACAAUUAGGAAUAAGAUUAUAUAUUCUUAAAUGUAAAUCUUUGUAAAAUAUUAAUAGUUGGGUUCUAAAGGAUUUUUAUUUCAAUUAUUUGAAAAAGAAGUAUGUUUUAGAUUCCUAUUUAUGAAUUCUGUCACCCUGUGUGAGUUGCCUGGUUUUCAGUGGUCAAAGUGUACUUACUUUUGAGGACAGCUUUGUGGUUACCAAACAGUCCCUCUGAUGAUGGAUGUCUUCCCUGUGAGUGGGACUCUGGGGCAAUGAGCUGUGACCACCACUUGGCCUCAUCUGCACUGUCUGGCCAGGUGCAGGCAGCCCCAUUGGUCCAGGGCUCUGCCCUCUCCCUUCCAGGUUGACUGUUGGGCUCUGCAGGCAUGUAGGGGAUGGUCCUUGUCAGUACUGGUGACCGCAGUUGGGCCUGAGACUGGCUCAAGGGGGAACCUUUGCCAUGUCUGUUUAUUGCAGCUGAGAUAGCAUCCAGACACAGUGUGAGAAAUGGAUCCAGAGUUUUGUGUGAGGAGGUUUUUUAAAACUGUCUAUGUUUAUACCUGCCCAGUGCCUGAACCUACAGCCUCCUCCUGCUCUCGUAGCAAGGGCAUUGCCUGCUUCGGGGAGCCUUCCUCACUCUACCUGCAAGCCUGCUUCUUAAGCAGGGUUUAGGGUUGUGGGUCUUCCAAAGUCAUUUUGGAAUAUCACAGUCUAGACUUCUUAAAUGAAGGGCACUGUGUUAGUUUUAAAAGAUGACCUGACAGUGGUGGUUCUCAUGGCAGGGGCUGAGACCUCCAUGGCCGGCACCACCUGGGAACUUGGGGAACAAAUCCUGUCCUGCAGGGGUCCCGGACCAUAUGUUAACACCUUUUGUAGAAACAGUAUUUUUAUUAAAAACAUCAAAUCCAUGUUCCUGUAACAGCUCAGAGUAAUAUUUUUAACCCUUUGACACAUAAAAAGUCCAGAUGGAAACUGUCAGAGCCGUCUCAGUGUCUGCUAUUCUGCCUGGAUAUUUGGCUCCCCGGGGAGUGCUAGGGCCAGAUCUAGAAGACCCCCAUUUCCUUGGGAGACCCUUCAGAGUACCCAGUCACCCCACCCUGGGCUCAGGGCCUGGUUCUCGGCCUCCUGCCUUGGGGGAUAGUCUGCAGCCCUUUGGCAACUGGGCGGAGUGUGGGGGUCCUUGCCACAUCAGAUGUGCCACUGUGCCAGCCUGGCCCAUGUGGUCACUUGUUUUCUAGACACCGUUUGAUAUAAGGAGACUAAUAAACCACCGUCUUGACAUCCGA